UCUGUUAAGAUGCCUUAGGGAAGAACCAUGGAGAAGUAUGCUAGACUACAAAAGAUAGGAGAAGGUUCAUUUGGAAAAGCCAUCCUUGUCAAAUCUAUUGAAGAUGGAAGGCAGUAUGUUAUCAAGGAAAUUAGCAUCUCAAGGAUGUCCAAUAAAGAAAGAGAAGAGUCAAGGAGAGAAGUUGCUGUUUUGGCAAAGAUGAAGCAUCCAAAUAUUGUCCAAUAUAGAGAAUCAUUUGAAGAAAACGGCUCUCUUUAUAUAGUGAUGGAUUACUGUGAAGGAGGGGAUCUGUUCAAACGAAUAAAUGCUCAGAAAGGCAUUUUGUUUCAAGAAGAUCAGAUCUUGGACUGGUUUGUACAGAUAUGUUUGGCUCUGAAACAUGUUCAUGACAGAAAAAUUCUUCAUCGAGACAUAAAAUCACAGAAUAUAUUUUUAACCAAAGAUGGGACUGUACAACUUGGAGAUUUUGGAAUUGCUAGAGUUCUUAAUAGUACUGCAGAGCUGGCUCGAACUUGCAUAGGGACUCCAUACUACUUAUCACCUGAAAUCUGUGAAAAUAAACCUUAUAAUAAUAAAAGUGACAUUUGGGCUCUGGGGUGUGUCCUUUAUGAGAUGUGUACUCUUAAACAUGCAUUUGAAGCUGGCAGUAUGAAAAACCUGGUGCUGAAGAUAAUAUCUGGGUCUUUUCCACCCGUGUCUUUGCAUUACUCUUGUGAUCUCCGCAAUUUGCUUUCUCAGUUAUUUAAAAGGAAUCCUAGGGAUAGACCAUCAGUCAACUCCAUAUUGGAGAAAGGUUUUAUAGCCAAACGCAUUGAAAAGUUUCUCUCACCUCAGCUUAUUGCAGAACUUUGUCUAAAAACAUAUUCCAGGUUGAGAGCACAACCAGCUAAAAGACCAUCUUCAGGACAAAGUGUUGCUUCUCCUGUGCCUGCUCAGAAAAUUACAAAACCUUCUGCUAAAUAUGGAGUGUCUUUGGCAUAUAAGAAAUAUGUAGAUAAAAAGUCAAAUGAAAAAAACCCACUUCAAAGACAUAAACAGGGCCCUCAGGGUGCAUUGAAGAAAAUGAAUCCUGGAGAAGAAAGAAGGAAAAUGUUUGAGGAAGCAGCAAGAAAGAGAAAGGUGGAAUUAAUUGAAAAAGAGAAGAAACAAAGGGAACAGAUUAGUUUCAUGAAGGCUGAACAGAUGAAAAGACAAGACAAGGACAGGUUGGAGAGAAUAAAUAGGGCCAGAGAACAAGGAUGGAGAAAUGUGCUAAGUGCUGGUGGAAGUGGUGACGUGAAGACUUCCUUUUUUGGCACCGGAGGGGUUGUUGCUCCAUCUUUAUCUUCUCGAGGACAGUAUGAGCAUUAUCAUGCUAUUUUUGAUCAAAUGCAACGAAGAAUGGACGAUAGUAACACAAAGUGGAAAGGAGAAAUUCGGGGCCGAAAAAUUCCAGAAAGAGGAAUUCCACCUGGGGUACCUCCAGGAUUUCCUAAUGGGGCUGCAGGUCAUCACCAGAUCCCUGAGGCUGAUGCUAUUAGGAAAACCUUGAAAAGAUUGAAGGCCGUGUCUAAACAAGCCAGUGCAAACAGGCCGAGGGGCCAGAUAACAGUGGAAAGAGCUCAGCAAGUGGAAGAGUUUCUCCAGCGGAAACACGAAGCCAUGCAGAACAAAGCUCGAGCAGAAGGACAUAUGGGAAUCCUGCAAAACCUGGCAGCUAUGUAUGGAGGCAGGCCCAGCUCUUCAAGAGGAGGGAAGCCAAGAAACAAAGAGGAAGAGGUUUAUCUGGCAAGGCUGAGACAAAUCAGACUGCAGAAUUUCAAUGAACGCCAACAAAUUAGAGCCAAACUUCGUGGUGAAAAGAAAGAAGGUAAUAGUUCUGAAGGACAAGAAGGAAAUGAGGAGGCUGAUGCGAGACGUAAGAAAAUACUUAAGGCCCAAGCAAAUACACGUGCUGCUGUACUAAAAGAACAAUUAGAACGAAAGAGAAAGGAAGCAUAUGAGAGAGAAAAGAAAGUUUGGGAAGAGCAUUUGAUCGUUAAAGGAUUGAAGAGUGUGGAUGUGUCCCCAGCUUUGGGACAGCAUGAUUCGGGGGGCUCCCCAUCCCGGCAGCAAGUAAGACCUGUUAUUUCUGUGACAUCCGCCUUGAAAGAAGUGGGUCUGGAAAGAAGUUUAACUGAUACUGAGGAAAACUCAGAAGAACAGCAAAAGACUAAUGAUGUCAUCUUGAGUAAACAGGAAAUACUUCGUAGAUUAAAUCAAAAUCUUAAAGCUCAAGAAGAGGAAGAUGGAAAUCAGUCUUCUUUUGAUUCAUGUGAAAUUGCUCAUGAAGAUGCCGAAGAGCAAGAAAAAGAAAAACCUGCAUCAUCAGAUCGCAAAAAGUGGGAGGCUGGAGGUCAGCUUGUGCUUCCUGUAGAUGGUUUAACACUGGAUGCUUCCUUCUCAGCUCCUGAAAAUCAGACAGUGGGAGAGGUCAUUAAAUUAGAUCCUGGUGGAUCUCCAAGAAGAGUCUGGGGGAAAAGCCCUACAGAUUCUGUUCUCAAGAUUCUAGGAGAAGCUGAACUGCAGCUUCAUACAGCACAGUUGGAAAAUACAGUCAGUACUGAGUUUUCUCCUGAAGGGGAGAGGUGUAAACCAUUAAUUACUGAAGAAGAAAAAUUAAAUUGUGUUUUAUUUGACAUGGACUCAUCAGCCAUUAAUGAUUCCCCUACAGUGGUAAAUAAGCCUGAGUCCAAUGAGGCAUUGCCACAGAUGCUAUUGAAACCAGGUGGAAAUAUUGAUGAACCAGAUGACUUAGAAGCAGAAAUUCUACAAGAGCCAAGUGGGAUAAACAAACUAGAUAGCUUGCCGUGUGCUAUUGAUGUGUGGAUUAGUGAGGCGAAUGAAACCAAAGAAACUGAAUUGGAAAAUAGGACCACAGUUCAACAAAAUAAAGUUUCUGAAGGUGAAGUUCUGAAAAAUGUGGACCAGCUUAGUGAAGUUCAUAUAGAAUCUCGAAUAGAUGAUUCUCAGCACUCUCAUUGUGAUGUAGAUAAAUCUGUGAAACCAGAGCCAUUUUUCCAGAAGGUGAUUCAUUCUGAACAUUUGAACUUACCCUCUCAAAUUCAAUCAAUUCUCUGUUCUCCGGAAGAAUCCUAUCUACUUCGAUCUCGAUCUGAUUCACCACCAAAAAUGAAAAGUAAGAAUUCAUUGCUGAUUGGACUUUCAACUGGUCUGUUUGAUGCAAACAAUCCAAAGAUGUUGAGGACAUGUUCACUUCCAGAUCUUUCCAAACUGUUUAGAACACUUAUGGAUGUUCCUAUUGUAGGAGAUAUACGCCAAGACAAUCUUGAGAUAGAUGAAAUUGAAGAUGAGCACAUUAAAGAGGGACCUUCUGAUUCUGAAGACAUUGUGUUUGAAGAAGUGGAUACAGAUUUACAAGAGCUUCAGGCCUCUAUGGAGCAGUUACUGCGAGAGCAGCCUGGGGAAGAAUACAGUGAGGAAGAAGGAUCGGUCUUAAAGAACAGCGAUGUAGAACAGACCAGAAAUGGGGCAGAUCUGGCUGAUGAAGAUGACAAUCCCAGCAGCGAAAGUGCCCUCAAUGAAGAAUGGCACUCAGAUAACAGUGAAUAUGAAAUUAUUAGUGAAUGUGAAUAUGAUACUGUGUUUAACCAUUUAGAAGAACUGAGACUUAACCUGGAACAGGAAAUAGGCUUUGAAAAGUUCUUUGAGGUUUAUGAGAAAAUGAAAGCUAUUCAUGAAGACGAAGAUGAAAAUAUUGAAACUUGUUCAACAAUAAUUCAGAAUAUUUUGGGAAAUGAGCAUAAGCACCUUUAUGCCAAGAUUCUUCAUUUAGUUAUGGCAGAUGGAGCCUAUCAAGAAGAUAAUGAUGAAUAAUUGAUACAACAGUCUUUAGUCAUCGAUUGUAUGAAAGCAUUUGAAUUUGGC